UGUCACAUGAGAACAUCACUUUAACAAGUGCUUUCGUGAACAGAAGUUGUAAGAAAAUUAUUAAAAUAAACUCGAUUUUAGUUAUUGCUUGAACGAUGGGAAAUAAGGAUACAAAUGUCCAGAAUCCGGAAAAGUGCACUUGCACUUGUUCCCCGUGUUUAAAGCGCAAUAAGCAAUUGAAGCUUUGCGCCGAAGAAGUGAGUCGCUUGCGUCGGGAGAGGAAUUACCCAGAGCACAAUCGCCUAGUUUCGUCCCGUACUGAACCAACCCACAACCACCGGGAUAUCCGCAAUGAGCACGUCCGUUGCCCGUGUCAGGAUCCUAAGUAUCCGUCUAGUCUUUGCCAGCGAGUCCUUCGCGGACUGGACUCACCUUUGUGGAACCCGGAUCGCACUUUUGAAGGGCGGAGUCCACACAAAGAAUCAAAUCCCAAGGAUGUGAAACAAAACAGUUCAGGAAGAAAACACUCUGAAUCGAUUCCCGAGCUUCGACUUCCAGAAUUAGAAAAUCAAGAAGAGGGAAGGGAGUGCCAGCUGUGCAAUUCCCUGUCCCGUAGAGGACCUUCGGACCUUCGCAAUAGGACGAACCCACCCCCUACUCCGCAUAAUUAUUGUAGUCACGAGGACCUUAAGUACUAUGAAGGCGCCAAAGCUCCGUGGACUGCAACGAAUAAACCUCCAGCACCCACUGCGCAUCUACAGACACAUAAAGAUCUGGAUAUGAAACCAAAAAGUUCCAGAAAAUCCCACUGCGACUUGAUUCCUGAGCUUCAGCUUCGAGAUCUAGAAAAUGACGAAGACGAAGGCAUAGAGUGUCAGAUCUGCAAGACCCAGUCCCGUAGGCUAUCUUCAGAAGCUCGAAAUUGGACACCUCCAGCCCCAACUCCGCAUAAUUUUUACAGGCACGAAGACUUGAAGUACUAUGAAGGAGCCAGGUCUCCAAGGACUCCAACGAAUAAACCUCCAGUUCCAACUCCGCGUUAUCCAUAUAAGCAAGGAGAAAGCGUCAAAUCUUCAAGGACUCUUACGAACAAACCACCAGUUCCAACGCCGCAUAAUAAAGUUAUUGAAGGGAGUGCUAGACAAAAGAGACGUGAAGACUUCAAGGAUCGCGGGAAACCCAGCUCCACGGGCUCCAACCUGAGGCUUGGUCUCAGAAGUGCCGAGGAACUCAAGGCAACAGUUCUAUCGCAGAUUGAAGAGCAGGAGGCUUUGGAGAAAAUGAAGCUAAAGACUGAGGCUAAGAAAGCGAAGUCGAGACCAUUGGGGUUACCAUCUGGUGGAAAAGCUGUGCGUAAAACAACAGAUUGCGGUCCACAGGAAAAUAAAAAUCGAACUUAUGAGGCUAAAAAACCGGAAUCGAAGCCACUGGGAUUACCACCUGGUGAGAAAGCGGCUUGUAAAACAACAGAUCGCAAGCCGCAGGAGAUUAAAAAUCGUAUAGCCGAGCCUAAAAAGACGAAGUCGAAGCCUUUGCAAUUACCAUCUGCUGGAAAAAAUGUUCUCGAUCCAAAGGAAGAUAAUAUUCAUACUUCUGAGGCUAAGAAAGCGGAAUCGAAGCCAUUGGGCUUGCCAACUGGUGAGAAAACUGCUCGUAAAAGAGCAGACCAACAGGAAAUUAAAAAGCAUACUUCUGAAAAAACGAUGUUAAAAGCAAGUCCUGGCACCAUGAAUUUCCAUCUCAGCGCCGAUGAUAUUGCUAGAACCACGAUUUUCAAUCCUUUGACAAGGCAUAUUCAGCACUUGUAUCUAAAUGUGAGGGAGAGGGCAUUGGCCAUAAUGGAGGAUCUGCAUAAGAUGCCUCGACAGAUCGACGAAAUCCAUAGGAAUGCAGCUGCUGAAAGGCAAAAGUGAAAAUCAUUUAAUUUUUUUAAACUUCUUUGUUUGUGACUUGUAUAUUUUGUAUAUUAAAAACUGGGGUAACAGGGGGCAAAUAAGUUGA